AUGGGUUCAGCUCCAAAAUGUGUUGUUUCUUUGGAAAUAGUUAAGGGUGGUGUUUUGAAUGAGGAGAUGAGAAGGAAGGCACAUGGUUAUUCAUCUCAAUUUGAAGUUCUUGUCACUGAAAAUAGGGGAAAAGAAUUAAGUGGGAAUGUGAAUAAUUUUCUCACUUUGGUAGGCCUCAGAGCAUAUGAUUUGAAAGUAGAAAAUAUAUAUUUUCUCAAGGAAGUAUAUGGACAACAAAUGAACUUGGGUUUCACAUUCAUUAAGUUGAAGAAUUUGUAUAGGAUGACGUGUCUUUUUGUGGGUCCCAAAAAUUCAUUAGCGCUCAAAAACCUUAGAUGGUUAAAAAUCUCAGAAUGUGAAAAAUUGGAAAUUGUUUUCUCCGUUGCUGUUAUAAGAUAUUUACCACAAUUGAAAAGUCUAAUAAUAGAACAAUGCGAAGAGUUGAAACAGAUCAUUGAAGAUGACUUGGAGAAUCAAAAGACUUCAAAUUCCUUGUCUUCAGAAACAUGCUUCCCAAAGCUAGAAGUACUUUAUGUAGCAAAGUGCAACAAGUUGAAAAGUGUCUUUCCAGACUCCAUAUGUAAAAAGCUUCCUGAGUUAAAGCUGCUGAUAAUAAUAGUAGCAGAUGAGCUAGAGGAAAUAUUCAAAAGUGAAGGUCAUCACAAAGUUGAAAUUCCAAAUCUGAAAGUUGUAACAUUUUACAAACUACCAAGCCUCUGCGAUUCCCAGGGAAUUCCAUUUCAGGCUGUUAAAAGUCGUUUUGUACAGGAUUGUCAAAAACUCUCGCUCACUUCAGCAUUUACACACCACACUUUUAGUGACAUCAUUCGUUUAUGUUUCAACUCCGAGAUACAUGAUGAAGCCUAUACAUUUUCGAUGAGUCUAUUUAAAAAGUUACAACAAGAGUCUGAAGGCCACCAUACUAGUAAUGAGAAUCCAAGUGCAGAUUUUGCAGCAUCAGAAUUCGAGUUGACUUCUUCACAGGAGUUGAUGAAUAAAAAAUCAAUGGAUGAACAAUGUUUGAUGAACCAACAACAUCCACUUGGAGAAAUUGACACUACCGUCCAACAUUCCCACGGAAAUAAUGAAUAUGGUGAUGGGAAAAUAGCCAUACCUUCUUUUUCAAUUUCCAAUACAGAGCCGCAUACCAUAGAAGAUGUUGAUCUUGAAGACUCUCAGAAAACAACUCAGACUAAUAAUAAUCAAGUUUCUCUAAAUGAUGAAGCUUUCAAGAAAGUAAGCUCAAAUAUUGAGGAACAAUUUCCUAAGGCUGAUGAAAUAAUAGUUUCCAAAUCUAAACCAUCUCCUAUUGCAUCUCAGCUUCCUUCAAUGCCUUCAAAAGGGGACCCUUCUCAAAUAAUGGAAGACUUAAGUACUCAUUCUCUUGUCAUGAGGGAGCUUGAGCAACUAGUCUCCAUGAAGCAUUUGGCUUAUGAGAACUUAUCUUUGUUGACUGAUUUCCUAGUAAAGCACCCUUCUGUUCGUUUAAAGGACCCUUCACUGAGAAAUAGAUACAAGGGUUGUGCCUACAAUUUACUAGCUGAGCUAUUAAAGUUUCUCCAAACCCAUAGUGUGUUAGAUGCAUCAGGGUCAUUCCAUUCUGAAUUUGUGGAGCUGUUACUAGAUGCACGCAACUUUGGUUUUGAUAAGGAUUGGUUGGAUGGUGUUGAGAAGCGCGCUUUGUUUCCUGAAUUACAAGUAUCUCAAGAAGCGUUGCAAAAAUGAUAUUUAUGUGCUCCAAUUGUCUAUUAGACUAAAUAUAUUUAUGUGUACAUCUAUUCCUUCAUUGUUAUGUUUUUCAUUGUGUGAGCUUUUAUCCUUCUAUAUAUUGUCUAAUCGUUGGGUA